AUUCCACAUGGGAUUUUUUUAUUAGAGCCAAACGUGAUGCCGGUGUCUCGGAACCACAAGCUAGUAGUACUGGGAGGGGAGAGGGUGGGAAAGACGGCCAUAAUCGAGCAGUUCAUUUUCGGCAACCACGUAAUCGGGCAGAGCGGGCUCCCGACCCUAGGAGACGUGUACGAGGCUACGGUGGAAACCGAAAAGGGCCCUUACGAAAAGCUGCACAUAUUCGACACGCCUGGAUCGUUGUUUACGGAUAAGGAAAAAGAAUACGAACAGGAACACUAUCUCAACAUUGCAGAUGGCUAUCUGCUGGUGUAUGAGAUUACGUCGAAGGCGUCUUACGACCUAGUCCUCGCCCUGAGACAGAAGAUUGCCUCCAGGAACCGGGACGCAACCAUAGUAAUCAUUGGGAACAAAUGUGACUUGAAUGCAAUCCGCGAGGUUGACAGUUCAAAGGCCUCUCAGCAGUGUAAAACGCACGGCGUGAAGUUCUACUGAGGUGACUGUUCUAGAUCGGGACGGACUGAAGGAGCUGAUGUGUUAUAUGGCUUGGAGAAUGGCUAACCCAGGACGACCGUUUCCACAGCUACAUUCUCUCUCAUCCUCCUCCAGACACCCAGUUACCACGGCAAGAACCACAUCCCAAGCUCAACCCACCGCCAAGACCCACUCUAAUAAACGCCCACCCACGACAUCAUCGAAAAUGACAUCAUCACUGCUGAUGACAUCAUCUAAUUGUGAAGACAACGAAGAGGGGUGCAAAGGUGCAGCAGCUGGAGGUGAAGGAGAUGGGUGGGAAGAAGAGGAAGAUGGAAUGGAGGAAGAAGAAGAUGUGGCUGGUUGGAAACCACUUCCCGACGAUGCUCAGUUCCCAAGGGGUAGUGGAGGGAAACUGUUCUUUGCAGACUGUCUCAGCAGUCGGAACAAGUACAGAGAUGACGUCAUCUGAAAUGUGUCUCUCUCUACAUUACAUCGUUAUUUCAGGACACAUUUGCAUUGCAGGACAGCUUUUCGAUAGCAUGUUCUCCAUCAGCACUGGUUACAAGUGUAGGCCACUCCCAUUCCCCGUCAUAGACCGACAGUUCAUUCUCCCACAAUCAUUGGUGAACCAUGAG